AUGAAUCGGAGUGGAUCGGACAGCGAGCGUAGGCUACGUGCUAUGGAGGCAGCUUUUGAGCGCGAGCGACAGCAACGCGACCUGUUAGAAAAAAAAUAUGCUCGUCUUAAGAGACGAUAUGUUCGGCUUGAGCGUUCGCACAAUCGCCUGUUGUCAGAAUCGCACAUGAAGCAUGAGAAAUUACAAAGGCCAGUGCUAUAUCUAGACACAACAGAGACCGAGUCGACUUCAAGCUCACGAGCGUCGUCGUCUGCGGUACUCGAUUCCAAUACACAAAGUGCAGAGCACAGCAAUACAGAAUCUUUUGGUCAUGCUCUAAGAAGUGCGCACACUUCUGGAUAUGAUGAUAUUUGCGCUGAAAGUCCGAGCUCGUCGAUUGGAUCUCCACAAGCUUCGACGAAAGAUUCGCUGGACAGCGAAUGUCUGGAAGAAAAAGAAGACUCAACAAAGAGCUGGCGGCCGCAUUCGAGUAGUGUUUACUCGACUCCUGCAUCACGUCGACACCUGGAUCUUGACUUUGCUUCCACUGAUGCAAAUCGAGAAGUGUCGAGUCCGUUGCAACCGAUACAGCACCAUGUGCACUUAGAUCAUCUGACCAGCUUACAUGAUACUUCGCAAUCUACACACUACACUUCACGAAACUUUGAGGAUGUUUGUACUCGGACUCGUCCGCGACUCUACUUAGACCACCACUCGCCAGAACCAAGAGCUACAAGUGCGUAUGGAUUUGAGCUGGAACAGGAACUUGAGCCUCGGAGACAUCGUCAUGAACGAUACCACUGGGUAUCUGAGCCGUCUCCGGUACCAAUCACAUCGAUCGCUUUACUUUCUUCUCCAGUAACACCGUUAGACCCGCCUCCAUCAUCACCGAAUAUCCAGACUCAACCUAGAGACGAUAGCAAUGAGGAGGCGUCGCUUGCCCUGGCGCGUUAUCUACAGCAUCAAGAGAACGUAGCGGCACAUGAAGAAGCUGAAGCUCGUUUACUACACGAGUCGGUCGAGAUGGUGUAUAAUCAAGGAUCCAAUCUGUCGGGUCUGCUGGACCACCACCGCAGUAUUGACCCGGAUAAUAUGAGCUAUGAUGAACUGUUAAGAUUAGGAGAAGUAGUUGGCGACGUGAAAAAGGAAAGGUGGCGACAAAUGGCUGUCCAAGUGCUGUCAAGUCUUCCAACUCAUCGAUGGAGACGUGGCCACAAUGGAAAUACCUGUAUCAUCUGUCAAUACGAAUUCAUGCCAAAUGAUCAAGCAAUGACUCUUCCGUGUGCUCACGUGUUUCAUGAGGAUUGUGUUAGUGGCUGGAUACGUGAAAACAACAGUUGUCCACUGUGCAAACGGGAAAUUAGCUCGACAUAA